UCUACCCAACCACAAGAGAAACGAGAUAUUCAUGUUUCCAUGGUGACAGGAUGCGUCAAACAAAGUUUUGGGCCAGGCGCAACACAGUUUCAUUUCAUGGACAGACUGGAUAGGCCUAGGCUAUAUUGUUUCUAACGAAAAAGGGGAAAUAGUCGCAAGGGAGAAAUGUAUAAAGUUGACCUGCCUGUGGACAACUAUGUGGCUUUGGCGGUGGAACGCCGAAGGGCUGCUGAGGCGGCGCGCCAAAGCAGAAUCUUCAACCCCAGGAACCGAGUGAUAGGUUUGGACCUUCAAGCGCUGGAUCAACAGGCAGCAGAGAGGAGAGAACGGGAGGAACGAGAGAAGGAAUCUCAAAAGGCAUACGAUGCCUUGCGCGUGACAAACGAUCACAUGUUAGAGCAAAGUCAGCGAGAAGAAGAAGAGAGAAGAAGAGAACAGAUGAAAGAUCUGGUUCAGUUCAGGGCCACUUAUCAGCGUCCAGAAUAUUCUCGUGAUGCCGACCUCACGUGUGACCGACAAGGGGCGCUCGCGCUUAACCUUUCCAUCCCAGAGUCACUGGGGCCUGCAAGCAUGCAAGUAUUUAAGGGAGAGGACCUUGGGGAGAAAGAGAGGAAAAGAGCUCAAAUCGAGGAGACGGAGAGGCAGCUGAGAGCUCAGAGAGAGGACACAGAGAAACUGCGCCUGUGGCACAAACAUGAAGAGCUGCAGCAGGAUAAGUACCUUGUGCAGCAGGACCUGAGGUCUGCCCAUCUCCAGGCUCUGGAGGAGGAGGGCAAGAGAGUUGAGCGUCUGGCUCUUACCAGCUUCAACCAGUUCCUGGCCGAGGAGCGAGCGGCGAGAGAGAGACGCGAACGUGAGCAGAACAUUGGCAUGGCGAUGGCUGAAAUCCGCCACAUGGUAACCUCUGAUCUCCUGACCGAAUGUCCCGAGGCUGCAGAGCGAGCGCCGUGGCCGGGCUGGGGUCAGCACGUGCUGACGGACCGCUGGAGAGGGAUGACCGCCGAGCAGCGAGCUGCCAUCCUCAGGGAGCAGGAACAACAGCGCCGAGAGAGAGAGAAACAAAGAGAGGCGGAGCGCCAACGGGAGAAAGCCUGGGACCAGGAGCGUCUGGAGCAGGCCAGGGCCCUGGAGGAGAAGGCCAGGAGGGAGCAUGAGCUGGACAGACAGAGGAAGAUGGAACUGGCCCGACACAACCAGCAGCUGGCCCAGGAACAGCAGCAGCAUCAGCAGUACUUGGACAAGCAGCUUUACACCAACCAACCGGCGGUCAGCUACUUCACCCAGUUCAACACCAGCUCCCGCUGAUCACCAGCCUCUUCCCAGUCACAGCAUCCCCACACUAUACUCAACAGCAGAGACAAAAAAGCUUUUUCCACUCGUACUGUA